AUGUCUUCUGCUUCUGAUAUUUCAGCUUUCGAACAUUCCGUCGAACCAGCUCCAGCUGAGACGCUCUUCCGUGAUAAGAAAUGGACGUAUAUUCAAGACUCAACGUCUAACACUGGUCAAUAUGCCGGUCAAAUUCAAUUCAAUCUUUCGACCAUCUCGUCGCAAGCCGCUUUCGUAAAUUGGGAAGGAGCUUCCACAUGGCAAUUCAUUGACAGUGUUCAAGUCGUUAUUGAUGGAACCACUGUCCAAACGAAUCAAGUUCAUGAGAAUGUGAAUACAACGUUCAAAGCUAUCACUGAAACGGAUUAUAAUACUUCUGUCAAAGAUGGUCCAACUAGCAACUUUGUCUUGGAUGAGUAUUCCACUCCAAUGAUUCAAGGGCCUUCCGCGGCAGCACAAUCGCUUGAAAACGUCGCUACUUCGGCCUUUAUGACCGCCACUAAAAGCAUCGGUGAGUUUGGUUUAGCUAACACCUACUCGAACCGUGGAGCCGCCGAACGAUCGCUUUUUACCGCUCUUGAUCAACAAAGCACGAAGCUUGCAUUUGAUGUGAUGGGAGGCAGUGCAAAUCUUCAAGCCGUAUCGAAACCCCAAGUUUAUGUGGCUCCUGCUGGUGCCGUUGCAGCUGGUUCGCCAUUUUAUGUCGCGCAUUACUUGGCUUGCAUUAAGUUGCGGGAUAUCUGCGACUAUUUCAAGAAAUGCCCAAUGCAAAAGAAUACGCGCGGUUUCAUUUACCUCAAUUACAACAGUUCAUCUACGACUUUGACUACGACUGGUAGUGCUGGUGUUGUCUCAUCUACCACUAUUGCCAGUUUGAGCAACAAUAUGAAUUUUGGCAACACCUGCCCUGUGCUUUGGAAUUUAAGCAGUGGAACAACGACAGCUGCUUUGGCCGGUGGCCUUGCGCUUCCUGCAACUGCGACCACGCUUACUAUUACUGCCGAUGUCAAUGGAACUCCAACUGCAGGAGCUGGUAUCACUCCUUCGCAAUCGUUCUCGCGUCUUCUCGUUCCAACCUACUCGCCUAAUCCCAGCGCCGAUCAUGCAUUGGCUCAGAAGAAAACCUUCCGCUACUUUGAGCGAAUCACGAAUAAAUUUACUGUUGCUCCAGGUGCUUCCUUCACUUGGACUGUCAGUAAUGACAUUGCUAAUCCAAAGCAUUUGAUUAUGCAACCUGUUAUUACCAAUCCAACCGCAGGUGCUACUGUAUCGGACUUAAUCAAUCCUUUCCGUAGCCCAUUUUCGACUGUACCUGCUACGACAAGUCCAUUUGCUGCAUUGAAAAAUCUUCAGAUCACAGUUGGAAACGUCCCUAUCUGGAACAAUCCUGUGAGUUUGGGAUAUGAUUUGUUCGUGCAAGAGAUGUCAAAGUCAGGUGUUGAUGGUGGUCUUGAUGAUGUUGUCUCGGCCGGCUUGCUAUCUCAGCGUCAAUGGGAAUCACGUUAUCGAUUUGUUGCUGUUGAUAUUGGUCGUCGUCUUCCAAGUGAAGAUGGUGCAAGCAAGGGUAUUAUCGUGUCUGGUACUUCCAACUGCAACUACGCUCUAACCAUUUAUUACCACGUAUUGCGUGAAGUUGUAGCCACGGUCGAUACGGCUAUGGGUACGGUUUCACACGGUCCUGUUCAAGGUUGA